CUCUGAUAUUCUGACUGCAGCGACCAUGCGAGCGUCCAAUACAACGGGCAGCCGCGACUGGCGCCGGCGGCGAUGGAGCACAAUCUCAGGGUACGGCGUCCGUCUCGUUAGCUAGAAUCUACGGGAUCUUGAAGGGGGAAUUCUGACGCUACAGGACUUGAAUCAUGGUAUCAACCCGCACCUGGCUGGGGCGGUUAAUAUGCAGCAGAGAGGCUCGUUCCAAGGCCACUUCAGAGUGUCUGACUCGCCCGACCAAAUGAUGUUCCAGGAAGACCCGAGCAGAGCGUCCCAAAAUCACGCUGAUCCAUCUGGCUCACGUCCACCUACGCACGAUAUGCAGGUAUCGCCGGUAGUGGACCCACAACUCGGGAACAAGCGGAAGGAGAUGGAGAACAUGAAUGGCGCUCAGGUGAAGAAGAGGAGGGAGGGCGAGAACGGACUGGACGAUAACUCGAUGUUUGCGGAAGGACAAGAUGAACUGGACUUGGAUAUGCAGUCGAACGAACUGGAUUUCGGGUUGGGUGCCCCGAAGCAUUGGACAGAUGAAGAAAAGACCAAGUUUUUCGCUUGGCUCAUGGGAGCUGGCCAAGAUGAUCACUGGAACGCUCUGCGAGCGAGCAAGAACGCAUGCUUUCGAGAGUGUGCCGACCAGCUUUUCGGUGGCAAGAAGACUAUGCAGGCUUUGAAAGGCGCUUAUGAGCGCGGGUUCAAUGUCUUCAAGCAGAUCUACGCGUUUGAGAUGUUCUCGCGUCGGCUGGGGCCUAUGUCCAUUAAUAUGAAUAGCCAGGCAGAAAGAUUGAAGGAGUAUGAGCGUCGACUGCAGGCUGCUCGGAAAAAUGGAUGCGACGUUGGAAAUAUCAAUGCUCGUAUUGUAGAUCAUUGGCAUACAAUUGGCUGGUACGACCUAUUUUAUCGGCGGUGGCACGGAGAUCCGAUGAGCACCCGCCCUAUCAAUCGGCAGACUACAGCUGGCCCGUCGUCCGCUGCGACCGUUGGAGACGAAGACGCGGAAGUCGAAGAGCAACUCAACGCCCACGACUACAGUAACGGGCUGAGUCACCAAAAUGCGGGCCCAUCCCAGGUCGACCGCAGCUUCUCCAGCGAUCCGUCCUCCAUGCCUGUGCAACAACCACUCCCUUUUCCAUCUAA